GACACGGCGGCGGUUGGCGGCCGUAGGCAGCGGUUGGCGACGGUAGGCGGCAGCAGUCGGUCGGCGGCACGCGUGCAGCCAUGCCCAUUUCCCAGGUCUUCCUGCAGGGUCGCUGCCACUUCGCCGACAGGUGCCGGAACGCGCAAGCCAGCGGCCGCUGGGGGCGCCCCUACCCAGCAGCUCCCGUCAGAGGAGCCAGACGAGGAUGGGGUGCCGCUACCCGGAGAUACGCAAACCAUAUCCGGCCGCGGGUGUUCCAGCACACGGCAGGAGCUGGAGGAGGAGGAGGAAUGGGUGCUUCUACCCAGAGAAACACAAACCUUCUCCAGCCAGCCGUUUUCCAGCACACGGCAGGAGGAGGAGGAGGAUGGGGCGCUCCCGCAGCCGUUACGCAGCCUCCUGUGAUUGCAAACAGCACAUCGGGUGGCAGCGGUGAUGGAGGAGGACUCUCUGGUGCCUCCGGUUUUGGACCAGCGGGCAACAACGGUGCGGUCCUCUCGCAGAACGCAUUCUCUGCGUUAAGCAGUGCACAGCCUGCUGAUGGCCAGAGAGAUGGACAGCAGAGCCUUCUUGACGUUAUAGCGGAAGACAUGGCAACGUGGGAAUCUUCUGGACAGUGGAUGUUUUCGUGUUACUCUCCUGAGACAGGCAAGCCUAAUGUUCCAGGCUUUGGAGAGUUCUCGGCUGAGGAGGUGCGUCUGGAGUAUUAUAACUGCAGUGCAAACAACAACACUGGCUACUACAUCAACUCUGUCAAUCAGUUAGUGCAGCAGUGGAGAAAGAGGCUGCAGGAGCUGAAGGCUUUAAAUGGCUCGGGAAAAGCAGCGAUGGUAAGUGUUGAGGAAAGGUAAAGCAUUUGUGUUCCUGAUGUUGCUUUUCCAUAAGCCUGGAGUGAAGGUUUUCCUUAGGAUUCACAUUUAGACAGUGCUCAUUAAGCUGCCUUGCUGUCACCAACAUUGGUUUCAGUUGUAAAGGCUGUUAAUGUAACCACGUCUAAGACGUGAUAGCACAGCAGAACAGUUGAGGCCAACACUGAGUGAUCAGGGAGAUGGCGUAAGUCGAUUGAGGUGGCGUCUGCAUGAAGUGCAUUGAAGUUGCAGUAGCGUGAUUGGACCUCUUGCUCAGUUUGGUUGUGAAGGUGAGGAGGUGGGGUUCAGAGUUCAGCACAGCCGAUGGUUGUGCAAGAGACAGAGAGCAGGCUGAGAAGGGGAUGAGAGCUGCAUGAGGUUUUGGUCACUCCAAUUCCUUUUUGCCCAUCAGUCGUCAGAUUGAUGGUGCUAGGGUGUUUGACAGAGAAUAGCCUGAGAGCAUUU